CCACAAAACUGUUGUUAUAUUUGUGUAAAUGAGUUGUGAAUUGAAAUGUUUUUAUUCGUGUUUAUUAUGUAUUGAAUCAUUGAUUCACUCAUUCAUGUUAUGAACAGUUAUUGACAUUCAUAUAUCGAUAACACUAUUAUUGUUACGAAACGAUUGGCUGGAGCUAAGAGACUGUGAUUUUCGGUGCAAAAUGUCUGGCAAUUCGUGUUGCGUUUGAUUAGCCGUGCAAUUGAUGUGUGAAUUAGUGGUCACUUUGCGCACCAGUCAUAUGGUUGGUCACACAUCUGUCAAAAAUGAUGUCGAUUGAAAACAAUUCAAUUGUUGGCAACUCUUCGGCGACCAAACCGUUGCUGUCGUCCAUCAGUCGCGCAAUGCUUGACACGAGUCACGCGAUGACUGAUCCCAACCAGACAAACGGGUCCAACAGCUACUCCGACAACGACUUAAGCGAAUGGAUCGGACACAGAGUAUUGGCCAAAACGGAGAGGGGUUUGUACGAGAAGGGAGUGAUCGACGACUGCGACCGCCUGAAGGGCAUUGGAGUGCUGUUCGACCGCACGAAUGGCGUCCAAUACUACGAGAGUGUAUCCACGGAUCUGGUGGCCGACUGUUGCCCAUUGGCCGCGCAGAUCACAGUGGGUAUGGAUGUGAUCGCCAAAUGC